AUGGAGGACGUAGAGAUGUAUUCUGAUCAUUUACUUUUUAACAAACGACAGCUUGGACCGAUCGGUCAACACACAACGUGAGUUCAAGCCUUAUAACACGCAUUUAUCUACGCCAUUCUCAACUAUUUUUCGCCAUUUUCGCUCUCAGUGGGCCUAUUAAUCAGCUUUAUAUUCUUCCUUUAUCGAAGACUUAUUUUUAGGUUUAUAUUUAUUUUACAACAAUUUUAGUUUUCUUUAUUAAUGGUGCCAACGUUUUGAUUUCGAUUACUGAGAUUGCUGUGAAAGAAGCUAAGUAUUCUUUUCAAACCAAGUGUAACUUGAUUCUUCAAUAUACAUGCAAAUAUGCACCGUCAAAAAUGCUAUCGUCUAAAUAUUUACUUCUGGGCAGGUGUGGGGUCUAUAAUUUGUUCCGAAUUAUUCACUGAUUAUUAAGCUUUUGAUGAAUCGUUUAUAAAAUCGUGUUGAUUUUUAGGUAUCCUUAGGGAAGUGGGUGUUGUGGCAGGCGUAAUUUUUUAAAUUGUCUUUUAUAGGCUGAUGCUUACGUAUAUGCCUUGAGUUGAUAAACGGUGACUGUCCCAAAUAAGAACAGACAGAACUGUAUUAACUGUACAAAGUACACCUUUACUGGCUUCAGACACAAUUGCAAUGUUUCACUCUGCAGCUGUGGCUUAUAUGCAUUUUUUAGAAGUGGACCAUUUGCUGCUUUGACUGUGCUAAUAUACUCCCUGUUUGCUCCCCAAAUGUUACACUUGUAAGCAUUGUUUCAAUUUCUUUUGGGGUGACCGGAAUAGUACCCAGGAGGAAUUGGAAACAAUGGUUAUGGAAAGUUUGGGCGGGGGGAAGAAAAAUGGUGAAUUGUAGGCAAUGCAUAAGUGACCAGUCGUGGGGACCCAAAAAAUCCCCAAAGCGGGUUUUAUUGCCACAUUUUUCUGUUUUUAUUGUGGGGUCAGACCAUUAUUAAACAUCUUAUAUGCAUACAAAGAAUGACAUUCACAUAUUUUCAAAAAAUUUCAGGGAAGGAGAUUUAGAGAAAUCAGCUAGUUAUUUUUCUCUCAAUCUUUAUUUUUAACAGGACCACACCAUAUGUGAUAGCACUGGUUGUUGCUAAGUUUCUUCAUACCUUUGGAUUAUAUGUGACUUAUGAGCAGCUUAAAGUUUUCCAUGUUGUACAGUUCUUAUUUAUUGUCAGGCUUUGGUAUGUUCUAUCCAGAUCAACUUCAUUUUAUCACAAUGUGACAUGCAUUAUUAUUAUUCAGUUCAUUAAUAAAUUAUUAUUACUCAACCUUCAUUUUGCUGAUUAAAGCAAUUAUUUGGGAAAGAUGUUUUUAGGAAAUAAAGCCCAGAUUGAUGUAUUUAUGAAGUUGUGACAGAGUUAUUAGGGAACUUAAGAACCACGACGAAGUUCACGACGACGACGUCUGUUGACUGGGAAAGGACUGGACGGAGAACGUCAGUUUCGGCACGAAAAAGGAAACUUAAGAUGCAGUCCAUCGAUAGGUUGACGACGACGACACUGAAUGUAAACAAACACGUAGAAGUAGUACAACUGUGAUGUUCGUUCGCAACAAAGUUUUUUUGCAAAGGCGUCUUUUAAGACGAUGCAAGAUCUUAUUUUAUAAGCCGUACGUCUACUUUCUUUGACGAUGAAGAAUUUUUAGUGUUGUCUGACCUUUUCGAAUGGAAAAAUCUCUGCUUUCCGUACGAAGGUUAUUCAACUUUCAACCUGAAUGACAUGACAGAGUCCGAGUGUCUGUCAGAGUUUAGAUUUGGAAAAAGAGACAUUCCGAUGCGAUAGCUGUUUUCCAUAUAAAGUUCAUUUCCUCUAUAUUAAAGAUAUAUGAUUUGCCUGACCUAAAUACGUACAAAUAUAUUUGUCACUUACGAGUUCGCUCGCUCGGCCUGCACAGCUCAGUGUUGUCUUCGAAGUAAACACAAUUCAUCAGUCAAAUUUUCAAUCAACAUCGCUUGUUAGCAGAAAAAAGAAAAGAUACCUGGAUUUACGAGGUGAAAAAAAUACAAAGCCCUUGAAAAAUUGCUUAAAAACGGGGAGUUAUACCUGCCGAAGCUUGUGGACUGCAGGACGACGUGACUCUACUGUGUUUGGUGUCGUCGACGACACCACGACGACGAAAUUUGUUAACCGCGCUUGUGCAGUGCACGGUAUCUCACUUCCGGUCGUCGUCGUGGUUCUUAAGUUCCCUAUUACUUAGCCUGUUCUCCUGAAAAGGGCUGAUGAGCAAAAGUGUUCAAGACUGUAACAUGAUGCUCUGUUCUUGUAAUAAAUUAUUUUGGGUCUGAGAUUCUUCGUCUGUCUCCUUUCUUCUGUUCAAAUCCAAGUCAAAUGAGAAACUUGUGUCAUGAGGAUGUGUAGAAAUGUGGCCUUCACAUUUGUACCACCUAUUAAGAUGACUUUAAUUUGUGUUUUUUGCCUGUUCACAGCUCAACUGUUAUCCUUGUAAUAUUACAAAGGCCUGUCUCAUCAGGAAAGAAAAUAACUCCUAAUCAGGUAAACUUGUUAUAGUUCUUAUGCAUUUUGUGCAUAUUGCUUUCAUUAAAAUUCUGCAAAUCUGCUGCUAAAAUGUAUAUUUUUUAUGUUAAUUUUCAGUGGUACAAGAUAGGAAAGCAUGCUAUAGCAUCAACUGUAAUAAGUUUAAUUUGGCUUGAAGGUCUUUCUCUCUGUGGGGCAUUAAGGUAAAAAUAUUUGAACAAUAACAUAUUUAGUCACUCAUCAUUAAAUUAUACCUGUAGACCGACAGAUAGCCUAUAUUUUGGCACAAAUAAAAAUAAAAACUCUUCAGCUCGUGGGGUCUUGCAAAAAUAUUGUAAAACUAUUAUGCAAUAACUAAAAAAACAUGUUGAAAAGCUCUGUAAAUAUAGACAACCAUACACCCUUUUUUCCUAUUAUAAAUUCCCCUUGAUAAAAUUAAAAUCUGGUAAUCUAAAAUUUCCCACUGUUAACACUCCUUGUUUCUCCACACAGAACAGUUUUAUUAUUUGAGCAUAGUGAUGUAGUUGUGUUAGCUGCAUUAGGAGUGCUCUUCCAUUCAAAUGGUACUGGCCCAUCAAAGGUAUUUAUAUUGUUUGGUUUUUUAGAAGACAUUUCUUAUUUUUAACAUCUGUGAGUCAUUACAGUGCAGUGUUACAUUUAGACAUAGAACGUAUGAAGGAGUAGAAGUGUUACAUUGCAUGAACUUUUUAUGUAGUGCAGUUUGAGGAUAAGAGAAAGUAAAUCCAAAACCAUUAGCUGGUCUUAGGUUUGUCUUGGUACAUCUGCAUGUGAUCGUCAUGCUUAUGUCAGCAUUUGACGGGGAUUAUUAUUACUUACAUUAUAUAUUACAUUAUAUCUUACUUACACAUUCGUAUUUUGAACAAGUUUUCUGGCUCUUUGACAUGAGGUGUCAAAGUAAGAGAUUGAUUGAUUUAGAAAUGUUGUUUUUUUGCCUUUUUUAGGUCAGAGGAUCAGUGCUUCUUCUUAUUGGAAUGUUGUGCCUUCUUCUGUUUGAUAAUGAUGCUCGCAGUCUGAGUCACCGUAUCCUUAUUAAAUUUUUUGCUUAAGUAUAGCGUUUGUUGUAACUACCACUUUACAUCCUACCUACAUUUUUCAUACCAUAAUGCAGGUCAAGGAACAUCAAAGUCUGUGUAUAGUAAAGAAACUCUUUCCUUAACUUGCUCACAGCGGAAGGUCAACAUCACAGUCAGUGGGUUCAUUAUUAUUACAUAGCAUUAUCUCGACUUGGUUUACCAGAUCACAAGGUAAGUGCUUCUUUAAAGCAUGUAAUAUUGCAUCAUGUCAAACUAGUGCAUAGUGAUCUGUAUUUGAAUAAUUGUUUUUUUAAUUUCUUUGCAAAGGGUGGACUUAUUCUUCUUGUGUUGGUACUGUUGUGUAAAAUUGCACAUAAGAAUAUUUCAAGAACAUUAGCAGUGGAAAUUGGAGGUGAGCCAUGGGGAGUGUGGCAUAUGAUAGGUAGUAUGGGAUCAGCUGUCCUUGCAUUUUUUAUCACCAGGAAUACUGUAUUUCUGUUGAAUGCUUGUUCUUUUGAUUGCUAGGUGGAAAACGACUUGCGGCUCUUUCCAGUUGUUUAUCUUCAGUGAUUCUUCUGCCUUUAGCCUUGUUAUCAUAUUUUACCCAGGUAUUUAUUUAUUAUCCUUUGUUUCUUCCUCUUGCAGUACACAAACCACUGGUAGACCUGCAUUCUUUUCCUUGCUUUUACCAUUAUACCAUGAUAGCUUUAUAGGUGCAGUGUACUAGUUGAUAGGUGUCCUUUAAUUUUCCAGCAGGUAUUCAGUGAGAGAAUCUAAGUGAAUAAAUGAGAAAAAGGAAUGGAAAAAUGUGGUUUUCAAGGGGAGGAACCAUUGUUGUAAUUGAUGAUAAGCACAGCCAAUUUAGACUCUAGAUGACUACUGCCAGGUUGUCAAAACAUCAGUCACUGUCAACAACAACAGUCCUAUUCAGGACUUACGUUCAUCCGGACAAUCAUACUCAACCUACUUAUGAGAACUAAUUUUAUUUACAUUUUGUUUGUUCAUACAGACGACAGAUGUUGAUUGGACGGAAGCAGUAAUCCCAUUUGCCAUUAUUGUAUUUCUUGUCUUUAUAUUUGACUUUUACAUUGAGUCCUUCUGUUUGGCCAAACUGGAAUCCACCAGAACAGGCAAAGUUGGUUCCAUUGCAUCAUUUUUAUCUGCUGUUAUUAUAUCAUUUCUUUGGGAUCAGCCCUGGGCAUGGAGCAUGCAUGAAUGGCAUCACGGCAAACCAUCAGAACCUCAUCUUGUAUCUGCAGGAACCUUAUUUGCAGCUUUCUUCUUUGUGCUGGGUGAGUGGUUUAAUGCAAAUAUAAGCUCACUCCCGUCAGCAGGCAAAUGAAAGGUGGAGGGAAUGACCCCCUUAAGUCAAAGUAAAUGAGUUUUGACUAUCAAAGUUCUUUUCCUAUUCCAAAUGGCCUGAAUUUUGGCAUGAAACAUGGAUGACUAUGGAGCAUCAUAUACACAGUUGUCACUCAAAGCAUUGACUUCAUGGCUUCACUUAGGCAUUCUUUUUGUGGAGUGAUCUCUUGACUUAUGGGUGACACUGUACAUUAGGUUUGGGUGGUUCAUCUAGUGGGACAUUUUCAUAAGUUUCUAGAGCUGACAGCUUCUAAUGGUUAAGUUUUAUUGUAUUUAUUGAACUUAGUGCAUAAACUAGCUGUUACUCCUGUAGCCCUUUCCAUUUACUGGAUUAUUGUUAAAUUUGAACAUUUAUGUUUCAGCCACAAGAUUACUAUCCAGACCUUCGCUGCGUAUGACCAAAGGAAAUCUUAUCGGUUAUACCACAGGCGGCCUUCCAAUCUACAACUACCAGACUCCUCAGUCUGUACUAAACACUGUGCAGAGUCUGCUGCGGCAGAUUGUAGAACAGUCAGAAUCAAGGCAGAUCUUCUAUUUUCUCUGCCUCAAUCUGGUAAGCAAAAAUUCUGCCUAUCAGCCAAUAAUCAGUUUUGGCCCAAUUCUUUUUUCUGUUGGCUAAAAAAUUAUGGCGUAUAUUGGAGUUAAAUUUGUGGGACAUUCAUUGUUUGGUCAGUAAGAAAUGGUUAAUGCAAAAGUUUUGAAUCCUAGUGUUUAGAUUGUGUACGAAUCCUCUAUCACUCUUCAGUUACUGCUCCAAUUCCCUUGGCUUUGUUAUAUACUGCAACUUAGAAAGCAAAUCUGUGCUCACUCCAACAAAUCUAUUGGCAUGUUAUGUAAUUCUAGUUUGUUGUCUAUUAAAAUUUCCAGUAGGUCAGCAUGAUCUACUGUUUUUUUAUGUUUUGUGGAAGUAACUCAAUGUCAACCAUUUAUCAUGUUGCCAUUGGUCUAAAAGUGAAGUACUUUUGUCAGUUUCAGUCCUCAGGGCACACUCGUUUCUUCAUGUAUGACAUCAGGAAAGGAUGUCUUAUAUAACAUUGCUGUUAUCACUGCUAUUCCAGGCAUUCACAGGUGUAGAGCUGUUGUAUGGUGUAUGGACUAACAGCCUCGGACUCAUAUCUGAUGGUUUCCACAUGUUGUUUGACUGCACUGCACUGGUGAUCGGACUUUGUGCUGCACUGAUGGCGAGAUGGAAGGCUUCAAGAACAUUUUCAUAUGGGUAUAACAUGAAAUAUUAAUGUUAUCCCUAACAUGUAGACAAACAUUCAGCCAUCCCUAGAAAAUAUAACAAAGCGAUUCACAGCAUUUUUAUUACAAAUUUUUUAAACUUCUUCUUUUUGCCAUACCUUUCUUUGCUUUGUAUGUACAAUACAAAUUUUGAGUAUUGUUAACCUUGAGGUUUAUUCGGUUUUAAGUCUCUUUUAUUUGUUUUUAGAUAUGGCCGUGUGGAGAUUUUAUCUGGCUUUGUUAAUGGCAUAUUCUUGAUAGUAAUCUCCUUCUUUGUGUUCAUUGCUGCUCUUCAGCGUUUGUUUGAUCCACCAAAUGUCAACACCGAGAGACUAUUGGUAAGAGAAAAUCUUGAUCAGGCUCUCAUGAGUUCAUUUUAUUGCAUUUCUACGAUAUAGACUGUAUGGUUUAGGCCGAACAUUGAAUGAUCCGAAAAAAAAAAGUGAAUCUAACUUUCUGCAUGUGAAAGUAUGUUACACAUGACACAGAAUUUAAGUCCAUUGCUAUCAUAAAAUUGUACCAAUUAUUAAUCAGUAAGUUCCAAGCUUACCCUUCACCCAACCUUGUAAUGUAUGUUACUUGGGCAUUCUUGUGAUUUUUUCGUGUAUAAGCUGCAAAUGCCCCAUGGUGGGGCCAUUGAUAUCAAUUUCAUUCAAAAAGCUUACCAUGGGGUUCAUAAAAUGUGAACAAAUACUGUUUGCCAUUUGUUUUAUGUGAAAAAUAUUUAUUGUUGUAGGUAUGUUACAGUCAGGGCAGAUCAAGCAUACCCCCGAAGAUUGCAUUAAUGAAUUUAUUAUUUUGAAGGUUGAAUCCAUUGGUAGUUGUAGAGUUCAGUUUCAUCUCUGCACUCCUGCAUGCGUAAUGAGCAGUGAAUUCACACGUGAGGUAGUCAUGAAAUUUCUUGCAGCUCAGUUUUCUUGAAUUUGAUGUAAAUGUCUUUAAAAAAAUAAUUAUUUAAUCCAUUCAAAGAUUUUUCAGGAGUUAUCUUCAAAAAUUCACUGCUCAUUAUGCAUUCAGGAAUGCCGAUUUGAAUUUGAGACUGGUUGCAACAACAACUAAUGGAUUCAUUUUUCAAAUAAUAAUUGAUUCAUUAACACAAUCUCGGGUGGUAUGCUUGAUCUGCUGUGACUGUAAAUGUAAAUGCAAAAAUGUGAGUACUUUGCAAGGAAAAAGGAAAGGUAGCCAUUUAAAACCUGUAUUCAGUUGGGAAUGAAAUCUGUUGGUAUUCUCUGCUUGUGUCCUCUGACCAGGUUGUGUCUGUCGGAGGACUUGUGGUGAACUUGGUAGGCAUUUUUGCCUUCAGGCAUGCACACUCACAUGGCGGCAGUUCCCAUGGUAACAGUAACCAUGGCCACAGUCACCAUGGUCACAGCCAUUGUCAUGGCCACGGGCAAGGUCACACUGAUGAGGAUCAUCAUCAUGAUCGCAGUGUAAAUAUGCAAGGUAGGUAUUUAUAUAACACAUAUUAAAACAAAACUGAACAAGUCAGGUAUCUAGUAAGGUUUUGAAAGGGAGUCGCGUGUGUGUGACUAAGGUGUGUUCGUCUUUUUUCAUUUUGUCUCAACCAGUUUUGUCAAAAAGUUGUUGAUCUGGCUACUCGAAAUUGAAGGUUAACAACUUGUCUUGUUCAUGGUACACGGUAACGUAAGCAGCUGCUGGCUUGGUUGAUGCGUGAAUUGUAAAGAUCCGUUACAAGAUUACAAGAUUAUUUCAUUAGUGGUGUUUAUCUUGUACAGUAUCAUCAGUGUUGAGUUUAUUUUGAAUGCCGAUGUUCUCGUUAUUUUACAGGAGUAUUUCUUCAUGUUGUCGCUGAUACCAUGGGCAGUGUUGGAGUGAUAGUAUCCUCAGUGCUAAUUGAACAGUUUGGAUUCUUUAUAGCAGACCCUCUAUGUUCGUUAUUUAUCGCGGCUUUAAUAUUCCUCAGCGUACUUCCUCUACUUCGCGAAUCAUCCCAAGUGUUGCUGCUUAGAACACCUCCCGAACUUGACAAAACUGUCGGCAGCGCUUUUAAUAAGGUUAGUUUUUACUUGUAUACCACGAUUCAGCCCUGAUUUCUUCUUUUACCCUUAAGCUCAGUAAAACAGGCAGCCAGUAAUCUACCUCACUGUUGUGACCAUUGUAGAUAGUUGCUGAUGAACAAUCUCCUUAUGUUGCUUGACCUUAAUUUUUAAUCGUACAUUUGCUUUCAGUAAUCCUUAUUUAUUUUUUUUUUGUAAUUGUUGUAUGCGCGACCCCUCCAGCAAUGCUGAUCUUUUUAUCGUGUUAAAAUAAAGUUCUUAUCUAUCUAUCUACCUUGCUUGAGUAGGCCAGACUGAAAUUUGGGAUAAAUUUCAUAUCCUUUGCUUUUUUCCGUAUUUCUCCAUUUGUUAUGAAGUUUUUUUAAAGUCUUGUUAUUGAAACCAGUAUACCGGAGAGCAAAGAUGAUCAUUCAAUUUUUACUUCCAUGUUUAUUUUUGUUUGUUUGUGUUGUUUUUUUUAUAGAUUUUAUCUCUGGAUGGAGUUCUCUCGUACCGAGACCCCCAUUUCUGGCGGCACUCGUCUGACGUCAUAGUUGGGUCAAUUCAUGUUCAAGUUGCACCAUCAGCCAAUGAACAGAGAGUUAUUCAAAUGGUAAGUACCGGUACCUGAGCAGAGUGUUCUUUCGACAACUGGCUAGUGUUCCUUGUUUAACAAGUUUCGGAUUUGAACGGUCAUUCAAUUUGUUCUGUUUACAGUGAAACCUGUAUUAUACACACUGGACUAUCUCUUUUGUCUGCCUGGAAUCGUAAGGGGAGUCGUUGUAAGAACGGUUAUGACCUAGUGAAAAUCAAUAAGCGCGACGGAAUCGGAGACGGAAGAGCCAGAAUGUUUCCAUUUUCCCGAAUCUGCAUACGACUCCUCGAUUACAGUCUAGUGAAAACCAAAUUGUUGUGGUUGGAAUAUACAAAUCACAAUGCUCGUUCCCGGCAUGUUGUAUGGAUGGUUUAAGAUCCUCUGUUUGGGAUUCUAACAACCUAGUCAGUUCACUAGAUCGUAAGCGGAUCAGAGGGCUGUUUUCAUUAGAUCAUGACGGUCUACGCUUCAGGUUAUGACCGACACUGUCGCUAGUGAAAACCAGCCCGGCCUUAACAGAAAAUAUGAGAAAAAAAAAGUUGAAGACUCAUAGAGUUCCUGUCCUCUUAACUUGGGGUCCGCUUAACAAAGGUUUCACACUGUACAAAGAAACAUAAUACUAUAUAUUAACUGAAAAAAAUUACUGCGGUAACUGAUUUUAAGACAUUUUUGUGCUAUUUCUCCUGAGGAACUCCCUUGGUGGGGUGGGUGUCCAUCGCUGGGACCAACCUAAACUACAUCAUGAUCAGCUGUAGGAUUGCGCCCCAGUUUAAACUCGGCAUCGACGCUCCCUACCCUUUCCAGUUUAGGCUGAUACCGCGAAUUGCGGUGUGUUGAUCGAGGGUAGCUGCUAAUUAGGCUUGUGCGGUAUCUUAUUUCCCAGGUUGGCGCACUUUUCAAGGAAUACGGAAUCACGAAGUUUAACGUUCAAGUAGAAAAGGAAGCGUUCUUUUAUCAUAUGUCAGCUCUGUCAGCUGGAUAUAAAUCUAUCCUGGCUCUUAAACAAGGAGCUGAUAUGCGUUUAUCUUCACCUGGAGGGGAGGUUGACUCUGGUAUCAUUAAAGCUGUAUAA